AUGGCUCAGUCACCGAUGCUCUCAUGUCCACUGAAGCAGACCAACGAGAUCGAUUGGAUCCAACCCCUCAAGGAUUACAUUCGUCAAACCUAUGGCGAGGAUCCCGAACGGUACAGCCAAGAAUGCGCGACUCUCAACCGGCUUCGCCAGGACAUGAGGGGUGCAGGAAAAGAUAGUGCUACCGGUCGCGAUCUGCUGUAUCGAUACUAUGGUCAGCUGGAGCUGUUGGAUCUUAGGUUCCCCGUGGAUGAGAACCACAUCAAGAUCUCGUUCACAUGGUACGAUGCUUUUACUCAUAAGCCUACCUCUCAGUACUCCCUGGCAUACGAAAAGGCAUCCAUUAUAUUCAACAUUUCCGCUGUCCUGUCUUGCCAUGCCGCAAACCAAAACCGGGCCGAUGACACAGGCGUCAAGACGGCCUAUCACUCCUUCCAGGCAUCCGCUGGAAUGUUCACAUAUAUUAAUGAGAACUUCUUACAUGCGCCAUCGACCGACCUAAACCGGGAUACUGUCAAGACACUAAUUCAUGUCACACUAGCUCAAGCCCAAGAGGUGUUUUUCGAAAAACAAGUGGCAGACCAGAAGAAGCCAGGGUUCUUGGCCAAGCUGGCCGGACAGGCAGCAUACCUCUACUCACAGGGUGCUGAGACAAUGCAGGAUUUCGUCGGCAAGAAUGUGUUUGACAAAGUCUGGACAGUUGUUAUACAAGCAAAGGCAGCACAUAUGGGAUCAGUAGCAUCCUAUUAUCAAGCCAUAGCUGACUGUGAGAGCGGAUCGCAUGGAGUUGCAAUUGCUCGUCUACAGAUGGCCGACAAGCAGGCUGCCACUGCGUUAAGCUGGGCAAAAACAUUUCCCUCCUCGGCCCCAGCGACCAGUAAUCUAACAGCUGAGUCAGGAUCUAAUCUGGUGGAUCUCAUCAAGCAUAACCAAACAAAUCUACAGGCUCUGCUUGCCACUAUGAUCAAAGACAAUGAUUAUAUUUACCAUCAACCAGUUCCUAAUGAGGCUGGCCUUUCAGCGGUUGCCAAGCUUCCUGCUGCUAAGGCGAUUCCGGUUAGCGAAUUAUAUCAGGGACAAGAUAUUCAACGAAUCAUCGGGCCUGAUAUCUUCCAAAAGCUAGUUCCCAUGUCUGUCACUGAGACCGCUAGUCUUUAUGAUGAAGAAAAAGCCAAGUUGAUUCGAGCCGAGACUGAGAAGGUCGAAACUGCCAAUGGCGAGAUGGCUGCUAGUCUAGACUAUCUCAAGCUGCCAGGCAGUCUCAAUAUUUUGAAGGGAGGUAUGAACCAGGAGAUGUCAGUGGAUGAGGAGUUCCGUCGCUGGUGCUCAGAACUCGCUGGCCACAACCCCUUCCACAGAGCAUUCGAUGAGUUGAAAGAUCGCAAGGCAGAAGUGCUGUCUCAAUUAGACCAGUGCUCAAAGCAGCUAGAUCUAGAGGAGAGUGUGUGCGAGAAGAUGCGCUCGAAAUAUGGGGGAGAUUGGAGCCAGCAACCCAGCUCUCGACUCAACACCACCCUCCGAGGGGAUGUCCGAACAUAUCGGGAUACUGUGAAUGAGGCCAGCGCUAGUGAUUCUCAGUUGUCCUCCACACUGCGACAGUAUGAAAGUGAUUUCGAUGAAAUGCGAUCUGCUGGUGAAACAGAUGAGGCCGAUGUUCUCUUCCAGCGAGCAUUGAUCAAAGCCGGUUCAAAGCAUAGCAAAGGCAAGAACGGUGUCACCAGUCCAACAGAAGGUACUCUCCUGGAUGAUGUCUAUGAUGAGGGUGGCGUCUCUGUUGCAGAACAGUUUGCCAAGGUGGAGGAGAUCUUAAAGAAACUGAAUCUGGUGAAGCGAGAGAGAUCCCAAGUGCUCAAAGAUCUCAAGGAUAAGGUUCACACUGAUGACAUCUCGAACGUCUUGAUUUUGAACAAAAAGUCGAUCACCGGCCAAGAAUCUCAACUUUUUGAUGCUGAGCUCGAAAAGUUCCGGCCGCAUCAGAACAGGCUUCUGCAAGCGAAUCACAAGCAAUCAUCUUUGAUGAAGGAACUCACCAAAAUAUAUGGCGACCUUCUUCAAGACAAGCGUGUUCAAUCCGAACAGUCAAAGUACGAGUCGAUCACCAGGCAACGUAACUCUGUGAUGGCCCGAUACAAGAAAGUCAACGAGGCCUUCCAUGGCCUUUCGUCGGGUAUAAACCAAGCAAGGACUUUCUACAAAGACAUGGGCGAAAACGUCGACAGUCUCCGCAAGAAUGUCGAAACCUUCAUCAACAAUCGUCGAUCCGAGGGUGCACAGCUUCUCAGCCAGAUCGAGCGCGACAAGGCCAGUGGUGUCUCAGAGCAAGAAGAUCGCGAGCGAGAGAAGCUGCGCCAGCUGAUGGAACGGCUUUCGACGGAACCGAAAGCUUCGACGACUUCACCGUCCACAGCGCAAGCAAAACCCCCCUCAAAAGUCAAGUCACCUCCUCCACCCGUCCAGACGCCGGCGUAUGGAACCACCGGCCCAUCUCCAAAGAUGUCGCCCCGCUAUCCGCCCACCAUGGCAGGAGCUCCACCGCACGGCGCCCCCCUCUCACACUCCCCAGCUCCGUAUGGACAGUAUGUGGGGGCUGCUCCGGGGGGCUACCCAGCCCAGCACUUCCAGCAGGGCGCUGCAGCUCCACUAUCCGAGGGCUACAACCCAAUGGCAUAUCCUUACCAGACGCCCGUAUCUCCUCCGCCGAACCAGCAAUUCUUCUCUCAGACCCCGGCCCCAUACGGCGGCUAUUCAAACUCCAGCACACCUGCUCCAGGUGCUACCCCUGCGUCCGCGCACUACAUGGCUCCCCAAGGCUACAUUCCGCCCCCACCCCCGCCGCGUCCCCAGCAAACUGCGUAUCCUCCUACGGCAGGUGUAUACCCCUCUGGUCCCGGUGGCUAUGCGCAGGUCAGACCAUACGGUCAUCACAAAACCCCCUCGCAAUCGCAGCCGCCGUCGCAGCCCCAGCCUGGUGCCUCGGCUGAUCCCUGGGCCGGUCUCAAUGCGUGGAAGUAA